CAAACUUCCUGUUUCGUAUACGUGCAUUCGUUUCGUGUUUAUUAUGGCAUCGACGUUUCAUUAUGACGACAUGCUUCCUCCUUUGCCAGUUCCAUUGUUGGAGGAGACAUGCAGAAAGUACAUCAAGUCAGUGCAACCACAUGUCACACUGACAGAGCUACAAAACACUGAAUUUAUUGUCAAUAUGUUUGCCACCAGUGAAGGCAAGCAUCUGCAGGAAAGACUGAAAGAAAGAAGUAGAGAAAUGAAGAACUGGUUGGAGGAAUGGUGGGAAUCUGCUUAUAUGACCGCUCGAACACCCAUUGCUAUUCUUAGUAAUUUUGGUGGGCCAGACUGGGGAAUAAGCAAAUGGUCAGAGUCAGCUGGUCGUGCUGAACGUGCUGCUAUCUGGAUUAAUGUAGCAAUGGAUUUUUAUGAUUUAUUGAGAAGCGAGGCAGUUCAACCAGAUUUUUAUGGCGGGCAACAUCUCUCCAUGAACCAAUUUCGCAGUUUAUUUGCUUGCACUCGUAUGCCAAAUUUUUCGAAGGACGUCUUGCAUCGACACUUCAAGACACAUUCAGAAGGCUCGUGCCCAAGACACAUUGUCGUGUCAUGUAAUGGCCAUUUGUACUCAGUUGAUGUAAUAUGUAAUGAUCAGAUACGUCUGUCUGUACCAGAACUGAAAGAACAGUUGUCUCACGUUGAGUCUCACUCAAAGUCAAUUGGUAAAGGACCAAGUGUUGCUGCUCUCACCAGCACAAACAGAGAUGUGUGGGCAGAGAAUUGGAAACAUUUGGCUAACAUCAGUGCCAACAACAAUGAGAUUUUGGAUGUCAUCGACAAAGCCUUGUUUUCUGUAGUAUUUUCAGAUAGCGAACCAAAAACAAUAGAAGAGGGAGCCUACCAAUCAUUGUGUGGUGAUAUACACAACAAUUGGUUUGACAAGACCAUUUCUAUGUUAUUCUUUAAUAAUGGAACAUAUGGAAACAACAGUGAGCAUUCACCCGCUGAUGCACUAACAGCUCUUCGUUUUUUUCAUUUUGUUGAUGAAAGACUGGAUAAAUGUAAUUGGCGAUAUGAAGGACCAGACGUUGUGAGACAACUUCCAUUUCCCCGGCACUUGAGGUUUGAUCUAGAUUUCAAGAUCUAUGGAGCUAUUAAGCAAGCUGUGAAGGAACAUAAGCUGCUGGCUUCCAACUUGGUUGUCAGGAUGGUAGAUUCGGACGUGUUUACCAAACAGAAGGCCAAAUUAUUUCGUAUACGUGCAGACACAAUUGUACAAUUGGCACUACAGCUGACAUAUCGUAGACUGCACCACAAGAAUGUUCCAACGUAUGAGACAGCCAUGACAAGGCAAUUUUACCAUGGUCGUACAGAAACAGUGCGAUCCUGCACACCAGAGAGUGUAGAAUGGGCGAAAUCCAUGUUACAUCCACAGUGCAAUGACAGAGAGAGAAUGAUGCUGAUGGAAAAAGCUGCAGUUGUUCAUCAGCAGAUGUUAAAGGAGUGUCGAGAAGGACAUGGGUUUGACAGACAUUUGCUGGGUUUGCAGAUAGUAUCUCAAAUGGAAGUGAUUGUAUAUAUUGUAGGUAUGGCUAUGCCGGCAAUCUUUGCUGACAAGAGCUGGAAGGCAAGUGGAGGAGGGUUCAACUUCGUCCUGUCAACUAGUUCUGUCGGAGGCACUAAAUUCUGUGGAGGAUUUGCACCCAUGGUAGAACACGGCUAUGGUGCCUGCUAUACUAUUCUCCCGAAUCGGUUCAGAUGUCAGGUUACAGCUUGGAAAUCAUGUGCACAUACCGAUGCUGAUGCCUAUCGUAGAGGACUGAUUCAAUCACUUCUUGACCUGCAGGACCUUAUGUUGUCACAGCAGAAGGCUCGUCUAUAGAUUAUAGUCAACAUAGUUAUGCAAAUGGUCUUUGUACUGUUUUCAGUUUUGAUGUAAUUACUUUUAUCGUCUGUUAGUGUCAGAAUUUAGAAGAUCCUUUUAUGUACAACCAACAGAGGCACUUGUACAUUUACAUGCUAGACAAUUAAAUUAAGUAAC